AGCCUCUUGUGGGGAAGAGCUUAACGGGGGAGGGAGAAAGAAAGGUAGGGAUGAGACUGAGAAUGAAUCAGGGAGAGAGAGAGAGAGAGUAGACAAACACACAGACAGAAGACGACUUGUCUUGGGGAGACGAAGACUGAUAAACCUUAUAAAGGGAGCAGAGUCAAUGAGAAAGAUCGAGAGGCUGUGAAAAGUCAAAGAGGGAUAGGCAGAGCGCUGUGAAGGAAAAGGGGGGAGUGGAGUGGAGGAGAGAGAAAGAGAGAGGGAGAGACAGCCGAGGCGAGUGAAAGCCGGGCAGCACACAUCUCCAAAGAGCCCAUCUCGGCGAAUGGAUCUCUGCGCAUCAGACCGAACCCUUGUCGCUGUGUGAUUGAUUGGCCAACGUGGAAGUGUGCUUUGGAGGGUGCUAUAGUCAGCUGACCAAGGGUGGAAGAGGUCUCCACUAAUCCUCCGCACUUUAGGUUCCACUUUAUUCGGGCGCUCGUCCAGAGGACUUUCUGCGUGAAGAAGAAGAAGAAGUGUUUGAGGAUCUGUUGCUGUCACUCCAGUCAUGUCAAUGCUAAUCGCCACCCAGCAGAUCGACACCACCACCUCCAAAAUGGAGCUGGUGGGCAGUAACCCUCCGCAGAGGAACUGGAAGGGAAUAGCGAUCGCCCUUCUUGUCAUUCUGGUCAUCUGCUCGUUGAUCGUCACCUCCGUCAUCCUGUUGACACCAGGUGAGGAUGACCGCUUGGCUCUCAAGGGCAAGGUGACCGUUGGAGACCUGUUCAGGAAAGACUUCAAGGUUCACGACCCCAACGCCAAAUGGAUAAGCAGUAAUGAGCUCUUGUACCGUAACCGCGAAGGCGAUGUCGUCAAGUUCAACGUGGACGCGGAUGAAAAGGUCACCUUGGUGCAUAACAAGAAGUUUGAAAUGUACAAAGCCAGCAAGUACGAGGUGUCUCCUGACAUGAAGCAUGUGCUGCUGGCCUACAACGUUGCACCGGUGUACCAGCAUUCUUACACGGCGUUCUACAUCAUCUGCAGUCUGGAGACUCCGGAGACGUGGAACUUGAACCCUCCAGAGGUGCGAAAUGCUCAGCUGCAGUACGCAGGCUGGGGACCCCAGGGUCAGCAACUGAUAUUCAUUUUUGAGAACAACAUCUACUAUCGCUCGACAGUGGAGAGCCGCUCCAUUCGUCUGGUGUCUACCGGCAAGGAGGGCGUCAUCUUCAACGGGCUCAGUGAUUGGCUGUACGAAGAGGAGAUUUUCCAGUCCCAUAUCGCUCAUUGGUGGUCUCCAGAUGGUGCCAGGUUGGCUUAUGCCACCAUCAAUGACACGCUGGUGCCCAGGAUGGAGCUCCCGAUGUUCACCGGCACGCCUUACCCAAUGGGGAAGGAGUACCACUAUCCUAAGGCCGGUGAGGAGAACCCGGUCAUCACUUUGUAUGUGGUCAACCUGAAUGGACCUCUGCACACCAUCGAGAUGAGGAGACCUGAUGAUCCCAGGAUCGGCGAGUACUACGUGACCAUGGUGAAAUGGGCCACCACCACCAAACUGGCCAUCAACUGGCUGAACAGAGCCCAGAACAUCUCCAUACUGACGCUGUGUGAGGCCACGACAGGAGUCUGCACGAAGAAACAUGAGGAUGAAAGUGAAGGAUGGCUGCACAGACAGAAUGAGAAGCCGCUGUUUUCCAAAGAUGGACUGAAGCUCUUCUUCACUCGGGCCAUUCCUCAAGGAGGCAGGGGCAAGUUCUUCCACAUCUCCAUGUCCAUCUCCCAGCCAAACACCAGCACGGAUACGCUGCAGUCCAUCACGUCCGGAGACUGGGAUGUCACCCAAGUCCUGGCCUACAACGAGGACAGCCAGUUGAUAUACUUCUUGAGCACAGAGGACGGCCCGAAGCGAAGACAUUUGUACAGCGCCGACACGUUCGGUUCUUUCAACCGCCGCUGUCUGUCGUGCUCCUUGUCCAACGCCUGUGGCUACAUCAGCGGCUCCUUCAGCCACAACAUGAGCUAUUUCCUGCUCAACUGCCAAGGCUGGGACAUCCCGUUUGUGUCCAUCUACAAGACCCAGAGAGACGCCGAGAGCGAAACGCAGGACAGAGAGAGUAUUGCGGAAGUCUAUAAACUGGAGACCAAUGAGAACCUGAGGCUGACCCUGGACUCCAUGCAGAUGCCCAAAGUGGAGUACGAGGAGAUCAACAUGGAUGACUACACCUUGUCGCUGCAGAUCAUCAAACCUGCCGGCUUUGUGGUUACGGCGCACUAUCCACUGCUCCUGCUCGUCGACGGGACACCCGGUGGUCAGAUGGUUGCAGAGAAGUUUCACAUGGACUGGGCCACGGUGCUGGUGAGCAGCUUCGGCGCCAUCGUGGUGCGCUGCGACGGGCGAGGCAGCGGCUUCCAGGGGACCAACCUGCUGCACCGGAUCCAGAAGAAGCUGGGCGUGUACGAGGAACAGGAUCAGAAGGACGCGCUCAAUUUUCUUCUGAAAGAGCCGUACGUUGAUAAAACCAGAGUUGGAGCUUUUGGAAAGGUGUACGGAGGCUACGUGACCAGCCUGUUGGUCAGCGGUGAGGAAUCCCCUGUGAAGUGCGGCGCUGUCCUCUCACCCAUCACCGAUUUUGAGUUAUACGCCUCUGCGUUUUCAGAGAGAUAUCUCGGACUGCCUAAACCUGAUCCAAGGGCAUACACGAUGGCAAAUUUAGCGCACAGAGCUUCUCAGUUUGUGGAUAAGAAGUUUCUCAUUAUCCAUCCAACAGCUGACGAAAAAGUCCAUUUCCAACAUACAGCGAAAUUCAUCGGCCAGCUCAUCAGUGAAAGGGCCAACUACACCUUACAGAUCUACCCAGACGAAGGCCACUUCAUUCACAGUGAAGCAACACGGCAGCACCUCAGCCAGUCCUUGGUGAACUUCUUUGAGGAAUGCUUCAGGCUACCAGAAAUAGUGUUCGAGGAAGCGCUGGAGGAGGAGAGCGAAGACGAGGGUUAGCCUGGCCUCCUGAGACUCACGUGGACCCCGAAUCCUUCCCCACCCAUACGUCUCGCCUACCGUAACUUCCAUCCUGUCCCUGUGCCCAAGCACAACACCGGCAUACAGUUGUCCGCAAUAUGCAACUCUCACCUGUUCUCGCUCGAUUCGAUUUGGUUUUGCAUUUGGACUCCCGCGUGUCCGCAUGCUAAAACCCGAGACUGCCUUUCCAGCAGAAGACGAUCCACACCUACAUCCAUUCUUCAUCUUUUAGCCCCGACCUCCAAACCCAAAAGGCCCGUCUAGAGACCCAACAAAGACUGACGACACGACGCGAUGUUUUGGAAUAUACUGAUGGAUUUAACAGCAGGAUGGACCGGCUCCUCAGAAGCAGUGGAGAGAAAGCAUCAGCUCUCACACAAACUUUCAAGCUGUGAGGAGAAGGAACACCUUAUAGCACAUAACUGGUGGGCUUGUAUAUUUAAUGAAAAUCAAGACGCCUGCUGAAAAACACUGGUUGUUCGUAACGGGUGACUGGAAAUGUGCGGAUACAGGAAAUGUUACUAUUUUUAAAGUUGUGAAGAACUUCCAUGUUGGACUGUGGUUGUGUCUAUUGUUCUUACAGUAUGUAAAAUAGCACACAAGCAUUCACUCGGCUACUACGGAUAUAUUUUCUUUCGGUAUUCUUCAUGUUUGCCCUGAUGUUGGUUUCAUCUCGUAGCUUCAUUUUAUGUGUUUCAGCGACGCUGACAGAAUUCUCUAACUGGCAAAGUGUUUGGAAUAAGAAAAAAAAGACCCGCCAAGGGUUUAUUAAUAUUUUAUUUAAAAGUUUUAUUGUGAUGAUCCAGUUUUAUCAAAUGUUUUUUCCAAAAAAAAAAACUGCAUUAACUUGUUUUAGUCACUGUGCCUUACUUUGUCAGAAAACAUCCUUGCUGUGGGACUGCAUUUAUGAACUACAACCAAGAUAAUUUUCUAAUAAUAGUUUGACAUUUUGGGGAAAUGAGCUUAGCUGUGUUCUUGUGUUAGAAGAGAAGUUUGACACCCGGUAAAUAUGAAGCUACAGCCAGCAGCUGUUUACCUAGAAAUCAUUGGCCAUCAUAACUUGUAGUUUUUACAGAUAUGACAGUGGGAUGAAUCGUCUACAAGAAUGCGAAUGAGCACAUUUCCCAAAACGGCAGCUAUUGUUUUUAAAUCUAUAAUUAUUCAAAUAAAUUAUGAGAGCUACUUUCAACAGUUACACACUUUAAUUGAGAAAGUGAAGGGAUUUUAAAAGUUUCAAAGAAAACCGUACGACGACAUUACACCGAGCUCAAAUGUACAGAAUCUGCAUGCGUUGUCGCUUAUACGAUGUUUAAGGAAAGUAGGUGAAGAUUUAUGAGCAGUACCAGAAACUACAGUGUUUGUUACUGAAAGUACCGUGUCACCGACACUUAAAUCAGUAAAAUACAUCGUUUCAAGUUGAAGGUAAGAAGCCACCCAGAGAAAUUCUGCAUUUGUAUAGGUGGAAAAAUUAAUUGAGUCCAAAUGAAGACUUACCAAACGAUGAAUUCUUCAGGCACAAGUUUAAUUAUUAUUUUUUUAUUAAAUUAUUAUUUGAAUGGCCAUUUGUGUUCCGUUUCAGUGCAUGUUAAGAGGUUAUUUGCAGCACUAUCCCCCAAUAGCUCAACUCCACAUGGUAAUUUUGACAUCUUGAAUGUUUCUUACUGGAUUGCAUAAAUUACAUUUCCAGUAGUAUUGUGAUUGAGAUCCCAGUCUCGUCAGCUUGGUGUGUAAAUGUUAUUCAAAUAUCAUUUUAUUCUAAAAGAAAAAAAAAGUUAAAAAGAAUCAAUAUUACCUGAGUGUUAUUUGUGCAUAAAGCAUUUUGGAAGUUACAUUUGACUAAUUCAUUUCUGUUCUCCUGUUGCUGUCCUUGAACUGAAAGUGGACUUUAUAAAUGCCAAUGGCAACAUCGAACUUUCUUUGCCAGUGGUUGAGGACUUUUUU